CUUCAACAGAAGGCGGCAGAGAAAGAACGACGUCAAAGUCAUUAAGACGACAUAAAAACAUAAAAUGCUGAAAGAGUUGGUGAAAGAGCGACUGAUGGCGGCGGCUGAUGACAUAUUGGCGCUGUUUGAAAGAACGAUCGCGGCGUACGAGGAGGAACUUUCCCGAACGAGAGAGGAGAACGAGCAACAACGACAACAACUGGAAGCUGUUUACAAGACUCAGUUUGUGUUACACAUUGACGACAUCCAGCAGCUGAUUCGUCAACAAGAAGAACGUUCUCCUCAGCCACAGGGAGGGUACUCCACUUUGAAGCAGGAGGAGCCACAGCCCCCCCACGUUAAAGAGGAAGAGGAGGAACUUUGGAUCACUCAGGAGGGAGAGUGUCUUCCAGGACGGGAGGAGGCUGAUCUCACCAAGUUGCCACCGACUGGUGUCUCUGUGAAGACUGAAGACCAUGAAGACAAACCACCUGAGUCCUCACAGCUUCAUCACUGUCGGAGUGAGGAGAACAGAGGGGCGGAGCCUCCGAGCAGCAGCAGCAGCUCACCACAACACAUGACAACAGAAGCUGAUGGAGACCACUGUGGAGGAUCACAAGCAGACAAGGACUGUGAAGGCGAUCUGAGGACUCACACUGACAACAAACACUCUGAAUGCUCUACGAAGAAGACGGGUAAAGAACGACUGAACUGCUCAGUUUGCAGCGAAAGCUUUUCCUUUAAGAGCUGCUUGACCCGACACAUGCGCACGCACAGCGGGGAGAAACCUUUCAGUUGUUCAGUUUGCAGCAAAAACUUCUUUCGAAAGUCACACAUGUUAGUACACAUGAGAACGCACACGGGAGAGAGACCUUUUAUUUGCUCCGUCUGCGGGAAAGGAUUCUCUCAAAAGGCGACCAUCGUGUGUCACAUGAGGACGCACACUGGGGAAAAACCUUUCAGUUGCUUGGUCUGCGGCCAGAGAUUCUCUCGAAAGUCGCACAUGGUCAUACACGUAAGGACGCACACGGGAGAGAAACCUUUUAUAUGCUCCGUUUGCGGGAAACGAUUCACUCAAAAGACAAACAUGGCGUUACACAUGAGAACACACACAGGAGUCAAAAUCUUUUAG